CAACUUCAUCAAACUGGUGAAUCCUUUGAGCUCACCAAGGGGCUUUACUUGCAUACUGAAGGUGAAAUCCUCUAUAGAAACAGAGACUAUAAGAAAGCAAUGGCAAGUCUAGAGUUGUCCUUAACUUUCUCUGAACCACUUCUAAAGGAGCAUAGUGAUCUUGCAAGGUGCUACAAUGCUAUUGGAAACACCUUUUUUGCUUUAGAUCAGCCCAGGAAAGCAUUGGAGUUCUAUGAAAAAGCCUAUAGGAUGCAAGAGAAUUUAGCCGGCUCUGAGAACCACUUAGACAUGCCAAUGUACAAGAAUCAGAUUGGAACUGCAUAUGAAGGCCUGGAAGAUUAUGCAAAGGCAGAGGAAUGUUACAGCAAUGCACUGAGUCUACUGGAGGAACUUAAACUUUCAGGUUAUGGGGACGAGGCACAUUUCCAAAGAAAUCUCGCUAAUGCACUCAUGUUUCAAGAGAAAUAUAAAGAGGCAAUUGAACCUUCAGAGAGGGCUUACAGUAUAAGGAAGAAGCUUCUUGGAGAUCACCGACAGACUGUGCGAAGCAUUUUUCAACAAGGGGUCCUUCAGGCCAAUCUUGAACAUCCAAAAGAAGCUUUGAAUCUGUUUCUUGAAGCAUGGGAGAUGGAAAAGAAACUUGGCGUGGGAAACCACAGUGAGGUGUGGCGAAAGAUAAUCACAGGUGUGGAAGAUAUGUGUGAUUGGACAGAGAGUGGAAGACGGAAGAAAUCAUUUCGAAAAGAGGCCUUCGAGUUUUGUCAACGUUUCUGGGAAGAACAGAAAGCUUCUCCACAAUUCACAUUCAAUGAGUAUAACAAAGGCAUCGUUGAUGCCCUGAGUGACCUUGCUGAUGAUGAGAAAGACAAAGUUGUUGUACAAAAGGGACAGCUUCGGUUCUACGAGGCAAGGUGCAAUGCCAACGAGAAAGAGUUUCAAGAAGAGUUUGAUUUGGAAACUGAUAAUGAUGCUCUCUGUAUCAUACUGAGUGAAAGAGACAAUCUCUUGGACGAGAUGGUGGAGCUCUCUUCUCAACUUCAUGAACAAGGGAAGCUGGUGACGAAAUACAAAAUGGCGAAGGUGGCUGUGUACAAAAUGUGUCUGGAGAGAGUGGGUUUCCUUGGAAACAAAGAGGAAGGACUAGAUAAAGCAUCAUUGAAGAUUAAGGUAGAAGAACUUUAUAAAGAGAUAGGACAGGAAGGAUCAAUCAUGGAAUUCCGAGAGAGAUUGCUGGCUUCGUGGCGAGGGCAGUGGGAAGAAGGGAAAAGCAAAGAAAAAACGGAGAAGAUCGGCGUUGAUAGGAAGGAAACAAUCGAGGGAAUUCUCAAUCUAUGUCAGGAACUUAAGAAAGUUAACAUGCACAGAAGAUAUGGACAAGAGGCAUUGAGCUUUUAUGAAGAUAUCUGGGAGAUGAAGCAUGCUGAGAUGAAGGACCCUGAGAUGAAAAAGCAUCUCCGUAAACUCAAGGAGCUGGCAUCGUCCAUUGGAGAUGACACGAGUGAGAAACUUUACAAAAAUGCAUUACAGGCGCUGAAUGAAACUGGGAAACAUCCAGGAGCUAUAUUAAGACCAAGAGCUAAGGAAGAGGAGAAGGAUAGCGAAGAGGAAGAAGAGGAAAUCGAAGUUAGUUCAGAAGGAGAAAGUGAAGUUGAAGCUGAGAUGUCAGAUGACACAGAUGAAGAUGUUCAAACUGAAGACAGAACCAUCAUCUUCAAAGACACUGUAAUAGUACAAGGUGGCCAUUGGGACGCCAGGAAGGGAGCAGCUCUUUUGGUAUUUCCACCUGAUUUUGUUGUUGAGGACACUACACUGACCCUUUUCAGAUGGAAACCCUCCCUGUGUUCACCUCCUCUUCAGCCAAACGAAGCUGUAGUAAGCAAUGUUCUUGAGCUAUCGGCAGAAGACGCUGAAGGUCUUCAAUUCAACAAAGAAGUCACUGUGGGAAUCUCGCACAGCGGACCAGACCUACGAGGAUAUGAAGUGGUGAUAAAGACUUUGACAGACGCAGAAAGAAAUGAAUGGAAGGACAUUGAAAAAACAGUCGACUUUCGAUCUGUAUCAGAUCUGAAAAUGGCUUAUCGCGAUGAUUUCCCUGACUAUGUUCUUCCUGUUGCUGAGACGAAGAUUACCCAGUGUUGCAUAUUUGCAGUGGUUUGCCGUCUCAAGGCCCACAAGUUCACCAUAACGUCGCAACCGUCAUCAUUUUCAUUACCAGGCUUCCCAUUGGUCAAAGUGCACUUCCCCUCAAAUUCUGUUGCCGCUACGGAAGAAUUUCACGUGACAGUCACAAUACAAGAAUUUCGAAGGAGAGAGUUACGAAACAAGGAGAUGUUGGCCGGCCCGAUAUUAAGUAUUCAGUGCAGCAAGGAGGUCAAAUUUCAGGAACCAGUCACUGUACAGCUGCCGCUAUCCUUGAGAGACAAUGAGCAGGGUACUGAAUCAUUGGGUAUCCCUGAUCUGUCAUUAGCCAGUGCUAGAAUCUUGUUUCUACCAUCUAAUGGAACCCAAUUAGAUUGGAUUGAAAUUACCGAUGAUUCCUCUCCAUGGCUGGAUGGCACUGUCAUCAAAUUCAAUGUAAAGCACUUCUCGAGACUUUGGGGUUGGAUAGAUUGGUGCGUUAAACCCGUCAUGUCACCAAUCAUUGAAUUAGCGCGUAGCUUUAACACAGAAGAUGUGCCCCAAGUGGCAGUUUUUACAGCUUGUCUUCCAGCAAAUACAAGCCUAGGCUCUACAAAAAUGCUUCGUGUGAUUUGCAGUUCAAGUAACGCGACAAGGAAACACAUUAAAGAUGAAGAGGAAUUCUUGUUAGAAGAAGAAAACGCAUGGGAUAAUAUGGUACCACACGAAAGGGCUUAUGUGUUUCUUUCAGGGAGCGUAGUUCAGCCGGCGGAAGUCGCGGAUUUAAAAGAUUUUUAUGUCAGAUUUGAAAAAGACGAUUCCAUAAAGAGGAGUUUGAGGGUGCAUGUAGUAGAAAAAGGAUGGCUAAAAAUAGAGUUCUACAACAGCAGAGAACAGACGGCAGACAAUAAACUGUGCAAACUAGAAAUGGAUCUACCCCCUCUGAAAAGAGACAUUGAGAAGACUCCCGUGGAUUUCUUUGGAGUUCCUUUGGAUGAAAAGAGCAUUCUUCAGCAUGCUCCUUUUGUGGAAAUCCUAGCAGCAUGCGGCGAAGUGUUAGAAAAAAUAAACCACGGGAAUAUUUUUCGAAGUCAUUUAGGAAGGAACGACGUACAAGAUAAAUGUAGUUUUUACAAAGCGCUGGCGAGCCUGCCACCAGAUGACCAACAAAAGUGCUUUGAAAAGAUUGUUGAAUGUUUGCAAAGCAGUCAGGGAACCGAACACAUUGGAAAUCACCUCAUCAAAGCUAAAGCUCUGAUUAACCAACCGCCCACUGAAGGUGUGCUUAAUGUGGUAGCUGAGAAAUUGAGAACAGGUUCAUUGUGGAAGAAACUCGCCAGUAAAUUGAAGAUCCAGCAAAGUGUUAUUGACAAUAUUCAAGAAGAUGAGGAGGAUGUCGAAGAGCGCUGUAGGGAAGCAUUGAAAAAGUGGCGCCAGAAAAAAGGAGAAAAGGCUUCAAGUAGGGAGAUAAUGCUGUGCCUAACGAACAUGGGGUAUGGUAAUGUGAACUGGCAUAUAAUGGAAGAACUCGACCUUGUUACUAGAGAUGAUAUGCCACCGGAAGAGAGAGAAUGAUUUAAGUUAAAAAAAAAAAAAAAUUAUGGCAGUAAAGACCUGGUUAAAUAUGAGUGAUAUUUUCUCACAUCAUCGUGCGACAGAAUUUUUCCUCUAAGGGCGUGGUCUAAUCAGUGAACUGUAGGGCUUUUCCGGAUGACGGCCGAAAAACACUUAAAAACAAGUCGCUGCAAUACUUCGUGGAUGUAAGGUCUCCUGGUAAAUUUGCUUUGUGUGACAAGGAGAAUUAUUGUGAAAAUCGAAUUGUUUCCGACGGAAUUCUUCCUCUGCAACAAGUCGCACAAGUUUCAAAUAGUAUAAAUAUGUACGAUAGUCGUAGCCAUGCAAUGGGUUGCUCGAACCAUCACUUAUUUUGUAGCAGAUGAAAUACGCCCGUUAAAUUGACCAAUCGUGGUGCCCAUAGUAAGAUGGAGUAAUUAAUAUCAGGUCGUUAAUUUAUUCUUAUCUUUUUUCUUUCCAUCCCUCUUCACUCCGUUACAGUCUGCUCUGUUCGGUUUUUUUUUUUUUUUCAUAGUUUUCUAUUCUCUGUAAUUUUCGUUCAUCCUAUAGGGUUAAAAUAUGUUUUCAAAAUAUACAUCUUAACGCGGUGUGUAGAGUACCCACACAAAAAAAUAUUUUAUAAAAGUUUACUCACAAUGAAUGUUACUUAAAAUAUACAGAGUUUUUUUUUGUGUAAUAAAAAGGUGAGAUAAGUUUUCAGACUAAGGAAUUGUGUUUCACGUUACAAUGUGUUUGUUUAUUUUACCAGAGUGUACUGAGAAAAAAAUAUGUUUCAUGAAGGAAAACUCACAAUGAAUGUCCUUGAAUAUAUAUAUAGUUUUUAUCCAAAUAAAUAGUUAAGAUAAGUUUUAAUAGGUAGGACUUGUGCUUUGUAUAGGGGCGAAAGUAUAGAGUUGUUUCGAUCGAGAAAUCUCGCGGGAGCGACUUUGUU